GAUAUAAUAAGAUAGUGAUGAUGAGAUGAAACCCUAGCUUCUCUCUCCUCCUCCUGUUCCCUGUUGCCACAAUUUUGGCGUCUGGAUCUGGUGCACUCAGCAAGAGAGGAGAGAGAAAGGUAAUUGAAAAAAAUGACGACAACGGCCCUGGACAUGUCUCUAGACGACAUAAUAGAAAACAACAGGAAGUCGUCGAAUUCUCGUGGCAGACCUCGUUCUUCUGGCGGCCCUGGUCCUUCCCGUCGGUUCUCCAAUCGCGCAGGAAACAUUACAACGCCCUAUUCCAAGCCCCAGGUCCAAGCUCCAGAGACGUCAUGGCAGCACGACAUGUUCACGGAUAGUCCUGCUUCUGCAUAUCCUGCUCGUGCUUCUUCCAUUGAGACUGGGACUAAACUCUAUAUAUCCAACUUAGAUUUCGGUGUUUCUACUGAAGACAUCAAGGAGCUUUUCUCGGAGAUUGGUGACCUUAAACGAUAUUCAGUCCAUUAUGAUAGGAGUGGAAGAUCAGAGGGAACGGCGGAGAUAGUCUUUGCACGGCGGGAAGAUGCUGUCUCUGCUGUCAAGAGAUACAAUAAUGUUCAACUGGAUGGAAAGCCAAUGAAGAUUGAGAUUGUGGGAACAAAUAUUACCACUCGGCCUGCUGUCCUUCCACCCACUAAUGGCAUGUAUAGGAAUCAAAAUAUUGCUGCUCCUAGAAGAAGUAGCCAAGGAAGGGGUGGUACCACGGGACGGCCUCGUGGUGGUGGGCACGGAGUUAGAAGGGGUGGUCGUGGAAGGGGUAGAGGUCGUGGUGAAAAGAUAUCUGCAGAAGAUCUAGAUGCUGAUUUAGAAAAGUACCAUUCAGAAGUUAUGCAAGAAAACUGAUGGCAUUGCUAAGUUCUUGCUCAUUUUGCUCGUUUAAGUUUUUUCCUGGAAUAGCACCUUGCAUUAUGAUGCUUUGAAUUAAAGUACAUGUACUUUACCAGUAUGCUUCUGUUUUAUAGAAGGAAACACAGUCCCAAGUGAGUGCUUAAAUUUACUUUUGAAGACAUGGGCAUCUUCGACUAAACUUGGUUCCUGAAUUUCAACUUCGUACUUGGGUUAAUGGGCAGCUAUUUGAUGUGCUAUAUUGUUCCCUUCUUCUAUCUAAAUACUCCCAUUCUCAUUGAUAGUA